AUGACAAUUGUAUAUAAGCAAGGUAAGGUAUGUUUUUGUAACUCUUUUUAGCGGAUGUUUUUUCACUCAGUAAAAAUUAUCCUUUAAAUGAACAAAGUGAGUAUGGCAUCCAUCAUUACAGAGUUUUCAAAUUUUAAAUCUGAACAUUUUAUUAUCAUGACAGAGUUACCUAACUGUUUACAAUACAGAUAUGGAACGGCUCCGUUAGUGCAGUUUUUGUUUCAAUUUGCCCUGCUGCUAUGUUUGUUGUUCAUGCAGUUGUUUUAUUAAAUAAGCGAAAGUAAUUUUUAUGGAUGAGCCAUGUAUCUUCUGUUCCAUGAAUGAAAAUGGCCAACAAUACACAGGAAUGGAUUCAAGAGCAUAUUUGUCAUGAUCAUACCUUCUGGCUAGUUCUCUCAGGAUCUGGGGGCUGUGGUCUACUGAUUGGAAUGCUUAUCAUGGGUUUUGUUUGUUUCAAAUGGCACAAGAGGACACCAAAGAAUUCUACAGCAGAAAAUUCAGGAUCAUCUAAAGGGACCUUUAAUUUUAAUGAUGACCAAGAAUUGUCUAGAAAACCUACAGAAUUUAAUGCAACUUCUAAUUUUUAUAUCCACGACGUCACAGACACUUCCUCCAGUUCACAUUUUUACGAGAAUCAGAGACAUGGAAAAUCAGUGGACACAAAGUCAAAGGGGUCUGAUGAUGAUAUGGUAGAUGACUACAUCAAGAUGACUCAACCAAAAAAAAGUGUUCGUCGAACAAACUCUAAACAAUCUAAUCUGCCUCACAGACCCGGUGAUACAGCUAUGUAUGUAGCAAUGCAGUAAAACUAUAACCAACUGCUCCAUUUCAUCGAUUCAUCCAUCAAGAUUUCUUAUAUGUUCAAUCAUUUGACACUUUAAAUCACUCACAACCAGUUUUUUUUUCUGUGGAUCACAAUCAAUUUAUGUUUUGGUUAUGAUUAUCUCUUGACAACCAUAUAUAAUCGUUUUAUAUUUAUUCAUUGCUUUAGAGAACAUUUUUGACGUAAUUUGCAUUGAAUAAAAAAUCAUAUUUUUAAAGGAAAUUAGUGUACUAACAGGAAGUCACCGAUCAAUAUUGUGGAAAUCCUUUAACUCAUUCAUUGCUUUGGAGAAGUUUUGUGACGUAACUUUCAUUGAAUGAAAAAUUCAUUAACAUACUUUUAAAGAAAUAAGUGUACUAACAGGAACUCAAUGGUCGAUAUUGAGAAAUUAUACAAUAUUAUUUAACUUAUUGUAGUUAAGAAAUGGUUCAUACUCGUUGAUGUAGAAUAUUCAAUUGAUUUUGAUAUACUGAUUGUUAUCACGUUCGAAAAUUUUUCAAAAUACAACUGUGAAUGAUGUGCCAUUUAAAAAAAUGGAAGUUUGAUUAAAUAUUAUUGACGUUAUAUUAAGACAUAAGUCGUCUGAUCUCACUUCUGGAAUUGCCAGGGGAUUAUGUAUUCUAUCAUUUUCACAUGAUUGCACUUUUUGUAUUUUUUAUUCAGAUCGAACAUUUUUGUUUCUUCAUUUUGUUUUCAUUUUGACACAAGUACCACUUGUGUUUUUAUUUUUUGAAUGCCAGGGUUAGGGGAAACAUAGAAUAAUAUAUAUAGUUCUCACAAAAAUAAAACUUCAAAUGUU